AUGGACUUGCACCACCUCAAAUCUCCACUCCCCUUAUCAACCUCCAGAGCGACCUCCGCCACUUUCCCGCUGACCCAUGGGUCCUCCACUCCCCGAUCCAAUGACCAACCCACCCUCGACGAGCCGUUUGCAGCCCGCAACGAGACCCUGACGAACCGCCGCUCAUCCGGACACCCUCCUUAUCGACAGCAUCAUGGUCGCGACCAUCCCAACUCUCCCGACGAGUCCUUCGCGCACGCCCGCACCCGAUCACUUGCAAGGCAAGUGGAGCUUCCGGGCUUUGAUGGCCUGAAGUCGCAUCAUCGACACAAGCAUAGCAAAUCGCGGGAACUGCGAUUACCACGCCCCAUGAGCCAUCUUGCGUCCUCGGCUAGCGCGCGUGGCCUGCUACCUACCUGGUCUGGUGGUAGGGAUAAAGAGCGCGAGAGUGAUGAUGGGUUACUGAGGCCGAUUACGCGGGAGACGACUAGGUCUCGUUGGGGAUCGGAUUCUACGAGUGGGUUGGGUUCUGGGAGUCGGAGGGGUAGUCUCCUCGAUACGCCUGAGCAACAUGAGCGGCUGGGUCCUAUUCGACGGCAAGAGAUUCAAUCGAUGGAGGAUCUGGAGCAGGUCAAGAAGCGACGGAAGCAAGGUGAAGAAUAUCUACGAUCCGCACUCUCCUCUAUAGGGACCCUUGCGACGGACUUGACUCGACGACUGGAUUACACAUACUAUAAUUUGCUCGAGAAGAUCACUUCGCUCAACUCAACUAUUGGCUUGUUCCAGGAACUUUCCGACUCGGGCUCGACCCUGCUCAAUGACUUUGAAAGUGAAACGGCCGGCCUGGACCAGGAGAUUCGCAAGCAGAUCAAUGAUCUUAAAGGGUUUGAACCGCAGAUUCGAAAAGCGGAUGCUCUGGACGAGCGCAUGAAAAAAGGCCGGCAACGAGCAGAGGAGCUGGGCAAGCGUCUUGAAGCUGUGAGACGGCAGAUUGAUAGCUGGGAGGAAAGAGAGGCCGAGUGGCAGACUCGCACCAGUCGUCGGUUACGCAUUUUCUGGGGUAUCGUGAGCAGUGCGUUCUUGGUGCUGGUGCUAGCUCUGGUGUUGCAGAAUUGGCCAACUAUCAGCUCGCCCCAUCCUGAUAUGGUCCCAGUACCAACGGAACUGGCGAAGCUGGUGAAUGAGUCUUCCCCUGGCUCUGCUCAUCUACCCGAUAUUUGGGAGUCGGUGUUGAAGGCGAGUGACCAGGAAAGCGAAUCGGGCUCAUCCUGGUACCCGUCGAGUCUCGCAGAUCGACGACAAAGUCUUGAGCAUGCGCAGGCGGCACCAAGUGCCUCGGCUAGCGCAAGCUCCUGGGCCGAAGAAGACGAUGCGGUAACAGAACACGAUCCAUUCAAACUACUUGAUGAGCUAUGA